AUGGCGACGAUCGAGGCGCGCGAACGGGGGCGAGCGGACGCGGCGUCGACGUCGGGGUCCACCGCGAGCGGUCGCGCGCGAGCGAUUGAUUUUUGUGUCUUUGUAGACAAUGCGCACGGCGAGGCGUUCGAGCGAAGCGGUUUCGCCGAACGUUUGCGAAGCGAUCCGGCGCUGGAUUCCAUGGCUCGACAUCGGCAGGUGAAGAAGGAGAUAAGUGAGGCCUACGGAGCGCUCGCGCAGUGCAGACGAGCGAUGCGGGAGCGAGGGAUCGACGUGCACGGGAGCGGGAGAGGGGUGACGUUCGUGGAGCUGUGCAGCGGUCGUGGGUUCGUGUCGCUCGUUCUCGUCGAUGCGUUUCCGGAGAGUAAGGUGCGGAUGAUUGAUAACGAUACAAAGAUGAAUGUGAGUCACGUCGAGCGAUUUUGUGAUCCGGAUCAGAUGUCUUUUCACGUCAUGGACGUGCGCUCGGAGGAGUGCGAAAAGUUUGUCGUCGACGCGUGCGAGAGCGAGGGCGCGGAAUGCGUCGUUCUCGUGGGCGUGCAUCUGUGUGGAGAUCUUUCACAUCGCGCGAUAGAGAUUUAUGAGCGCGUUCCGGGCGUCGCGGCGUUGGUUUUAUCGCCGUGCUGUCUGCCGCGCCGACGACGGCACGACGCGUUCGGAUUUCAUUGCAAAGACAUCGCGCGCUCAAUGUCCAUGUCUCCGUAUCAGUGUUGGACCACGCAGCUGUAUCUGCGGAUUCCUCAAGACGGCUCUAAGCGAGAUAUGAUCGUCGACGACGACGUGCUGUCGCAGCAAAACGCCUUUUUGAUCGCCCGAAGGCCUCUGAACGAGCCGUCGCUCGAGACGCUCUCGCUCUCUUCAAAGCUCGGCUGUCGCGUCGUCGCCGGUCGCUCGCGCGCCAAGUGGCGCGUCGUCCGCGACGCAUGA